UGUAUAUGUAUAAAUGAGGAACUAAGCAAGGCAUAUUAUCGUUGUCGGCAAUUACUUCUCAGCCACCACGGAGAGAAUUUGAGUGGCUUCACUUCACGAACUAAUUUCUCAUCCGUUUUCACUUUCCUCAGCCUCUGCAACCUCCGAUUUCCGAUCUCCCAAUUUUCGCCGCAAAAUUUUCAGCGGAGGGGUCGCCGGAAAGUCAAACUAAGCUUUUCUCAGACUUUCACCAGAAUUCAGUCAAGAUGAGUGAGGUUUUCGAGGGUUACGAGCGUCAAUAUUGUGAACUCUCCGCCAAUGUUUCUCGGAAAUCCAACUCUUUCUCCGCCUCGGAUUCAGAACAGAAACAGCAAUGGCUUUCGGAAAUCAAAGUUAGUUUGGAUGAGGCUGAUGUUUUGAUCCGGAAAAUGGACCUUGAGGCUAGAAGUUUGCAGCCAGGGGUAAAGGCUAUGCUACUUGCUAAGUUACGGGAGUACAAAGCUGACCUUGGGAAACUGAAAAAGGAAUUUAAAAGAUUGACAUCACCAAAUGCUGAUCAGGCUGCCCGUGAAGAACUAUUGGAGUCUGGAAUGGCAGAUGCUCAUUUGGCUUCCGCUGAUCAAAGAGAGAGGAUGACAAUGUCCAUAGAGAGAAUAAAUCAGUCAGGUGAAAGAAUCACAGAGAGUAGAAGAACCAUGCUGGAGACCGAGGAGCUCGGUGUCUCAAUCCUCCAGGACUUGCAUCAACAGCGUGAAACUCUCCUCCAGUCCCAUAAGAGACUUCAUGGGGUAGAUGACGCCAUUGAUAAGAGUAAAAAGGUUCUGGCCACGAUGUCUCGAAGAAUCAGUCGAAAUAAAUGGAUCGUCGGGUCAGUAAUUGGAGUUCUGGUACUUGUAAUUAUCCUUAUACUGUAUCUUAAGCUCUAACAUCAUUGAGAUAUUUCCUUGAUCACAAAAUGAAUUCUACUCCUUAUCAUCUGACUUUCCAAUCUUACGAUUGGUCGUCAGUCUUGUGUUUGAUGUAUUUCAUUGCCGGUGUAUGGUAUUCGUGUCUGUAAUCGAAUCAAUUCUUGUAACUCGAUAGUGUUUCGAUUAAUCAAUACCCAGCCAGAUGGUAGGCAUUUCUUGAUUGCU